GAUUCCUUUAGUUUGAACUCGUAAUGCUUUUUUGUGCUUACUAAAAAUGACUGGUUCAAGGAUUGCAACAUUAGUUUAUAUUGAUUUGUGUAAGCCUGCGUGUACAACCACAAUCAGAACUACUGACCCAUCAAUAUCUCCCAGUCGCCUCAAUUGUAAUUUUCUACAUUUCAAUGGGCUUCAAUCUGUCCGUUUCGGAUCCCCCCUCCACCCCCCUUUUCAACCGCUGUGAGUAGUCUUUCACUCCAACAGCUGACAGACAUGUUCCUCCUCUUGACACACUAUAUGCGGGUGAUGCGCGUCCACCUCGUUGCCUUUGCACGUGGCCACGCCCCGCCUCCGUCCGGUGCCUCCGACUCUCCUCUCGUCUCCCGCGGUGCACCCGACAGUCUGCGCAGGCCGUCAGCGCGGCACCACGUCGAGGCGCAACAGAUUAUUGCAUUUCAUUACACUGACUGUGCAGCCGAAAGCAAGUUUUUCUCACUGAGCCUGAAGCUCCGCAUUGCCGGCGAGAAAGAUGCACAACUCCAGCGAAGGCUGCCUGGAAGACGACAAACCCGACGUCAUGCUGCCCUGCUUCCGAAGAAACAUGUACGAGGAGCCUCUCGCCCUGUACUCCAACGGAUCCAUCAUCUCCCAACUCCGCAAGACAAUCCACAACAAGCGGGCACUAGAUGAAAGCCUUUUCUACCUUUCCAGCUCCACUGCCGCCGACUCCGGUCAGGAGGACCAGUGCAGCGUCUCCUCAAAGGACAGCACGGUGGAAGCUCAGUCUCCCAGUGCCCACGUCGCUACUGGAGCCAGCGCGGAGGCAGAGCAUCCCGUGCCGGACCACCUGCAGGCCAAGAGGGCCCGAGUGGAGAACAUUAUCAGGGUCAUGGCGGGCUCUCCCAACAGCAGGCAGCAUGGAGACAGCGAGAGGUCCGACACAGACGCCAGAGAGGCCAGAGAGGCAUACAGGGAGAACAAACGCAAGCAGCGGUUGCCCCAGCAUCAGGAACACAGUGCAGCAGGACCGGCAAACAGAAGACCCGGAAGCAGCAGCAGCAGCAGUGACAACAACUGCAACACCAAGGACGAGGAGUGUCACAAGCUGAAGGAGCAGCUCCACAGCAUGCAAAGGCUCCUGCGUCAGCUCCAGGAGAAGUUCCUUCAAGUCUACAACCAAGAAGACCCCGAACACAACGGCGGGGACGAGGCAGAAGUCGCUGUUGAUGUAAGCACUGAAGACGAGUUGGACAGGAAGAACAGCAGAGUGACUGCAGAGUGCGGGGACCGAAUGAAAGCACAGAGUAAUGUGUCACACCAGAGGGAAAGUCCGAACCUGCAGGAAGCCCUGAAGAAGGAGCUCUCCAGGGCCGUGAAUGACUGCGUGGACAGGGUGUUCAAGAAGGUGUCCUCCACGGGGCUGGAUCUGUCCCCCCAGCAGCGCAUGUGCUCGUCUCCAGAGGUCAGCGCGGGUGCAGACGGGAAGAGCCAGCGGGCCGGCUCCACACAGGAACAGCCCCAGGACCAGGAGGCGGCGGCGAAACCCCGCUCUUUGGAGUACUAUGAAAGUUCCAAGGCGCAUAGCCCGCAGGACCAGACGGAGGCGCUGUCGCUGGUGGUCCGCAAGCCGGCCGUGGCCCCCCUGAGCUCAGUCACCCCGACCGUGAAGAGGCCCUACCCCGUGCACCAGACGCCGUUUCAGUUCAACUACAGCACCCCUCUGCACGACAGUCAGAUCCUAGAGCAUCUCCUUAAGUACGGGCCCCAUUCCAACUUUGGGGUUCUCCCUUGCAUGCCCCCGUCAAUGGACAGGACCUCCCCAGACUCGGUGGACCUGCCCUGGGACACCAUCGCCAUGAGGUCCAAGGUGACACCCGGCCACCUGGGCCACCACGCUCGCGCCUCGGCCCUGGGGGCGGUGACGGUUGACAACCUGUGUCUCCCUCACGUCAAGAUCGAGUGCGGCGAACUGCAGGGCAUGGCGGAGCGAAACCCCUACAUGUCCCUCAACAUCCAGGAGGGCCUCACCCCGAGCCAUCUGAAGAAGGCAAAGCUGAUGUUCUUCUACACCCGCUACCCCAGCUCCAAUGUGCUGAAAACCUUCUUCCCCGAUGUCAAGUUCAACCGCUGCAUCACCUCUCAGCUCAUCAAGUGGUUCAGCAACUUCAGGGAGUUCUACUACAUCCAGAUGGAGAAGUUUGCCCGGCAGGCCAUCGUCGACGGCAUCAGCGAUGUGAAAGACAUGACGGUCAGCAGGGACUCAGAGCUGUUCCGGGCACUGAACAUGCACUACAAUAAAGCCAACGACUUCCACGUUCCAGACAGAUUCCUGGAGGUCUCUGAGGUCACCCUGCAUGAGUUUUACACGGCCAUUUCUGCAGCCAAAGAUUCAGACCCCUCUUGGAAGAAGGCCAUAUACAAGGUGAUCUGUAAACUGGACAGUGACGUCCCGGAGGAGUUCAAGACAUCUUCCUAUUUAUAGGCGGAUGAGUGGAUACUUAUAACAUUGAAGGAACAUUUAGUCACUAACAAUUCCAGAAUCCUCCUUUCUUGUAGUGCUUUUUAGUGAGGUGAGCUGUAGAUGUUGGAUAAUUAAUCAUUUUUGUAUUUGUAAAAACACACACAUACGCAUUGUUUUCGAUAUAAUAAGUUUUAAAAUGCUGUAUGUUGUACUUUUACAAACAACCAAUUGUUGUAAAACAUUAAUGCGCCUGUGGUUUAUUCUAUGGUUAAGUGUUUACUUGUAUAAUCUGCCUCAACGCAUUUAGAGAGUUGCUGAGUUUGUAGGUGUGUAAAAACGUGUUAUCAUGACGCCAGCCUAGCCGGGUUUAGCUGAACUGGAAGAGGGAUUUUUUUAGGGGGGAAUUACGAUCAGUAUUAGUUUGCGUUUGACUCAUUUUUAUUUCAGAGCUGUGUGUUCUGUACAUGUGCUGAUGUUUUGAUGUUGCAUAGUUCUACAAUUCAAUAAUCAUGUUGUAAAAUGUGCAUGUGGAAAUAAUGCAAGCGACUGUUGUGGGUUUUAUUAUCUUGUAUAAAAGUUCAUGUAAGGUACGAUCGUUUUCAGAUAUUUCGCUCAUCGACACUGUACUGGAUGAUUAUUAAAAUGAAAUAUGCACUAA